GCACACGAGCAUGCAGCACUCAGCGUUCGCCAGUUAGUUAUCACAAUCAGUGUGCUAAAAUGAAGAAGCACUUCAAAAUAAUCAUCCUUCACAUCGCUACGGUCCAUGAAAACGUACAAAGGAUGGUCACGGGAGCAAGGUAUUUGGUCUCGAAGGUGGCGUCAGCCCUGGUAUCACCGUUUUCCCGAUGAUAUAAAGGGCCCCAUCCUUUCUCAAACCUCUUUCCAAACAAUUCGAAAAGUCCUGUUUUACAUCUGUCCAUCAGUUCAAAUCUUCUCAUACUUAUCCAUAUUCUCGAUUUGGAGGCCCUACACACUCUGUAAUACGGCAUGACUCGUACCGAGCGCUCAGUCUUUCCCCGUGCUGCCGUGAGGGACCGCUCAGAGUCAAAGUCGGGUCUUGACAAAUCUCUUCGCAAAAACGGAGGUGGAUACCACAACUGGGGCAGUCUCGCCGAUGAAGGCUACCUAGAGGCUGCUGCUUUGGAAGACGAGCAACGAGAUCUCGCAGAGGUGACUGCAGGUCAACCUAAAGUUGCUGAAUCCAAGAAGCCUACUACCGACAGAAGGGGAAGCUCCUUCACUGAAGCAGAAAGAGAGAGUGCUAGACAGUUCAGGAAAAUGGCCCUCAAAGGGGAAGAUAUUGAUUUAUCGGCCAUCGCACGCACUUCCUCUGCUGUUUCCACCUCUCCGCCAAACAAGACCCCCGUUGUCAACGGUGCAGAAACGUCUAGCGUCAAGUCCGCUUAAUUGUCAAAUCUGGCGAGCUAUCAUAGUCCAAACGUGUUGUAUUUCUUUAGUCCAUGUAUGUAUUUUGUAAGCCACACGACGAGAAGUUAGGAGAAAUCAUAUGAGGCAGUUCUGCGCGAUCAUCCCUAGCCC